AUGGUGGGAGAGGACACGCUCCACGCUGUGGGGACGUUCCCUCAACGCCCACCGGAGAUGAACAUGGCUCCUCGUACUGAGAACAUGUGCGCGCACACGAUCUACGCUGACAAACCGCUGGUCGUCAAGAACCCGCAGCGUGAUAUGCGUUUCGCACAGAUGGCUAUUAUCAAGGACGCAGGCGUGAAAUUCUACGCGGGAUUCCCGAUCCGAGCGCCCGACGGGGCCAUUGUUGCGUCAUUGUGUACGUCCGACUUCAAACCGCACGACAACAUUUCCACUAAGGAAUACGCGACAAUGGAGACGUUAGCCAAACUCGCAGGAAAACUCGUUGCACCGCGACAGCUUGCAGCCCCAGCACAUUAA